UCUGUUGUUAAUAGAUAUCUUGAGUAAUUAUUUAUGUAAGCAAUAUAAAAUAGAUUUAAAUUUAAAGAAUUUUUAAUAAGACCCAUACUUUAAUUUCUUUUUAUGUCACUAUAUUGGUCCUAUGAAAUUAAAGAUCAAGUUUGUUAAUGGCUCAUCAUGGAUGUUGGAACUUAUCGAUGCUUGUCUCCCUUUACCGAAAGUGAAUGGGAGCUAUUGGGAUCUCUAAAUUCAAGUAGAAGUAUCGAAGAUCUAGAUCAUGAAAACAAAACGAAACAAGAAAAUGAACAACGUCUUUGUGGAUACCUGUUAAAACUAGGUGCGAAAGGCAUACUCAAAGGAUGGAAGCAUAGAUGGUUUGUUUAUGAUAACAGACGAUGUAUGUUGUAUUAUUAUAGGAAACCUCAGGACUCGGAACCUCUUGGAUGUAUUGAUAUCUCGAUUUGCACAUUUUCAUAUUCUGCUGAUGAGAAAUCUCUUUUUCAAAUAAGCUCAAAUGACAGAACAUACCAUUUGCAAGCAGAAAACAGAAAUGCCAUGAUGUUUUGGCUUCAAGAAUUGCAAGCAAGGAGAAGAGAGUUCAACAGUCAACAAAAGACUUCACAAAUCACAAGUUCCAAAAAUUCCUGCGGUCUGUUAGCAGAUUUGCAAGUAGAUGCUUUAAAUGACAACACCAGCACUGAAUUAAUCGAACCUGUUCAAAAACCAGCUACAGUUGGAGAUCACACAGCUUUGCAAAAAUUUGAUGGAGGUAGCAUUUCUUGGAAUCUUUCAUUCACAAACUUGAACAAGGAGUUUAAAAACUGGAGAAGGUCAGCUUAUAAUACAGUCCAACAAGCUUCAAUAUCUGAAAAAAGUGUAAGCCCAUCAGCAAGUAACCAUAAAAUUGCAACAGAAUUUGAACCUUCUAUAUCUCAUCCAAUCAGUGAAAACAGAAAAGUGAUCGAUUUAGGUUUUUCAAAGUUAGUCAGUAACAUUAGAAGUUCUUUAUCAGCACCAAGCAUCAGUCAUCCUGUAUUAAAGGACAAUUUAGGUAAUUGCAUGGAAUGUGAUGAGACACGGUCAAUGAUUAAUGUUCUUAAAGAAGCGAUUGGUGUUGCAGAAAAUGAAAUAAAAACACGUGACGAAGUCAUAAAAAGUUUGAGUGAUCAACUCAGAUUGUCUUCUUAUGAAUCAAAACCAGAAAAAAGCCGAACUGAAGAAGAUAAUUUAGAUAAAGAAAACUACAUUUAUCAAUUAACUGGGAUGAUAAGAAAACUUACAGAUGAAAUGAAUAACUUAAAAAUUAUACUUGAAGAGAAAAAUAACCGAUGCUGUGAACUAGCAGAAAAAGAGCUUGUUUUUAAAGAAAUGAUUCAAGCAAAAGAUAAUUCGAUUGUUGAAUUAGCAAAUAAGGUGUUUUUAUUGGAACAGCAACUAGAAAAUGCAACAGAGUUAAUUGUAGUUGAAGAGUCACCAGCUGAGUUGUUAACAAUGAUGAAAGAGGAACAACUAAGUUAUAUUCAGUUAAAGGAGUCAUGUGUUGCAAUUCGUUCUCAGAAUAAUUUCUUAAACAGUGAAAUUUUGGAAUUAAACAAACUUCGUAAAAAAGAUACAGAGAUAAUCAACACUUUAAGCAAAGAAAAUGUUGAGAAGGAAGCCGAGCUAUUAAAGUUAAAAAGUCGCUAUUUAUGGUUGUUAAAAGAAUUCUCAUCACCCAAAAAAGACAAAUCUGCAGAUUCUGAAUUGGCUGCUGAAAUGGUUGAGCAUUUAAUUGAUGAUGCAAUCAAUGAAAAUCAAGACAAAGAUGACCUUAACUCGAAUGCAAAGUUUGCUGACAGAUAUGGUUUUUAUAAUUUAUAUGAAAAUGACGAAGAAUCUUUGGAAAACCUUGCUGAUCAUCUUGAUGCAUUAUCAUCUUAUAAAAAGAUUGAUGCCUCUGAUGUUUCAGUUGGAGUAAAGUGGGAAAAUUUUAUGGUUGCACACAGAACCAACUCUCUCACUAGAACAGAAGAAUUAAAAAAUCUUGUCCGGUGUGGUAUUCCUCAUGAAUACAGAGCUAAAGUAUGGGGAGAGUUAGUGAAUAUACAAGUAGGCUCAACUCGUAAUUUGUUAGGUGUUGGUUAUUAUGCAACAUUGUUAACAGAAAAAAAAGGCAUCUACACUCCUUCUGCAAAACAAAUUGAGCUUGAUUUGUUAAGAACUCUUCCCAACAACAGAUUUUACGAUAAAAUAGAAGCAGAAGGUACAACUAAACUUCGUCGAAUUUUAUUGGCUUACAGUUGGCAUAAUCCUACAGUUGGUUAUUGUCAGGGUUUAAAUCGACUUGGUGCAAUUGCUCUUCUCUAUCUGGACGAAGAAAGUGCUUUUUGGUGCUUGGUUGCAAUUGUGGAACAUUUAAUGCCGAAUGAUUAUUUUAGUAUAUCUUUACUUGGUGCACAAGUAGAUCAGAGAGUAUUUAAAGAUUUAUUAGAGGAAAAGUUUCCGAAGUUAUUUUCACAUCUUCAAUCAAUGCAAUUUGAUGUGUCAUUAAUUUCAUUCAACUGGUUUUUGACAAUAUUUGUUGAUUUUUUUCCUACAGAGGUUGCUUUGAGAGUAUGGGAUACAUUUUUGUUUGAAGGUUGUAAGGUGUUAUUCCGAUUUGCACUGGCCGUAUUUAAAAUUUUCGAAGAAGAUCUUCUUAAAUGUCGAGAAGCAGGACCUUUGUUUUCUUUCUUUAGAAAAAUUCCUCGAUCAAGAUUUGUCAUUGACAAGAUAUGGGAAAUUGCCUUUGUUUCUCUAAAUCCAUUUGGGAUGAGAAACAUCGAAGCGAAAAGAAGGUACCAUCGUCCAUUAUUACAGGAGCAACUUAACGUCUUUGAAGGUAUGCGUCAUGAUCACAGUUUAAAACGCAUCGAUAAUGAAACAUCAGAACAAGAUCAGCUUAGCGACGAUGAAAACUAAAUUGUUUUAUUUUUUCUAGUUUUUAAUUUAUGCAUAUAUUGCAACUAUUUGUAAAUAUAUAUAUAAACAAUUUGUCCAUAUAUAUAUAUAUAUAUAUAUAUAUAUAUAUAUAUAUAUAUAUAUAUAUAUAUAUAUAUAUAUAUAUAUAUAUGUAUAGCCUUAACCGUUUUGUCGAAUUUUGUAUAUUUGCAGUUUUAAAAGAAUGAGUUAUAUUUUAA